AUGGAAAAGACGCGUGUCGUCAUUGCAGGCGCAGGGCCGGUUGGCUUGUUCACGGCCUACCUCCUCGCCCGGCAGAAGAUCGAGUGCGUCGUCCUGGAGAGGCGCCACGGCGUGUCGGAGCACCCCAAAGCCCACACGAUCAACCCGAGGACGCUCGAGAUCUUCCGCCAGGCCGGGUUGGACGUGGCAUACAUUCGGAAACACGCAGCCGAGGCCAGAGAUGCCGGAUCGGUACGUCUCGUCUACGGCCUGGCCGACGCCGAAAUUGGCUGCUUCCCCUACGAACGCCAGGACGACGAGGUGCGCAGCCUGACGCCGGAACCCCUGUUGAACUGGCCACAACCGGAGCUGGAGCGGCUGCUCGAGAAGGUGGUGACAGAGACAGGGCUCGUGCAAGUCAGGAGGGGUUGGCAGGUCGAUGCAGUCGACAUGAAGACGGAUACAGCGGGGGAGGCUGGCUGCGUCUGCGUCGUCUCGUGUAGCAGCAACAGCAUCAGUCUCAAUGGACGAGGAGGCGACGCAGACGCAGAAGCAGACGCAAGCCGACACAGCAGCAGCAUCCAGGCCGACUUCGUCAUUGGCGCCGACGGCGUCAACUCGACAGUGCGGGACAAGAUGGGCGGCAUCAAGUUCCAGUCCGUGGGACCGGGCCACGCGUAUCAGUCGGUCGUCUACAAGGGCAGUCUGCGCUCGGCGCUUCCAGCAGGUCGCGAGGCCAUGCUCUACUUUUGCUUCCACCCGGAGCACCCAAGCGAGUUCAUUGCACACCGUCUCGAUUCCUCCUUCGUCCACGUCACGCCCGUCAUGGACCCUGUGUCGUCAGCAGCAGCAGCAGCACCACCACCACCACCGGUCGAGGCCUGCCUUCCGGGUCUGCAGUGCUCCGAGGUUCUCCGUACCAUCUGGGAGACGGCCCCGAGCGUGGCAAGCUCGUACAGCGACGCGAAGCACCACCGCGUGUUCCUCGUGGGGGAUGCCGCCCAUAGCUUGCCGCCCCAGGGUGGCCUGGGUCUCAACACGGGCAUCGCCGACGCACAUAACCUGGUGUGGAAGCUGGCGGCCGUGAUGAAGGGUAAAAGCAACUCGCCGCAUCUCCUCGCCAGCUACACCCGCGAGCGCCGGCCCGUCGCGCUCGCCAACCUCGAGUACUCCAAGGCCAGCGAGGCGGCCUUCUACUCGGUCAGCACCACGCUGGUGGGCCUCGCCGUCCAGUACGGGGAAGCGAGGGCAGAAGCGCCGGAUCUCGACAUGGAUGCAUUCCUCCGACGGCCCGCCGUUUCCGCUGCGGCGGCGGAAGCAGUGACGGAAGCGAGCAAACACUUUGACUCGCUGGCCCUCCAGCUCGGAUUCGUCUAUGACGACGACGACCCGUCGGGCAUGCGGGCCCUUCUCGACAACCCGACGGGAUACGUUCCUCGAGCAUGUCCCGGGUCAAGGCUGCCACACGGGACGAUCAGGGGCGACGAUGACAAUGUCAUUGAUGACGGUAAUGGUGGUGGUGGUGGUGGUGAUCGGCAAUCGUCCCUUUUGGACCUCGUACCCUACGAUCGGUUCACCGUGCUGCACCACGCCAACUCCGUAUUCGCAUCCUGCGACUGGGCCAUGGAUGUGGCGGGCCUUGGUCUGUCCGAAGCUUGGUAUGACGCGGUUCCCGAGAUCAAGGGGGGGAAGGGCAUCAUUGUGAGGCCAGACCACCACGUGCUGCUGCAUGUGGACAGCCCGGGACAGGCGGAGGAUGCCGUCACGGAGUAUCUGGACCGAGGUGAAGUGCGGCGCGCAAGAAGCUAA